CUGUUAUUUUGUUCUAGUGAUUUGUGCUCUCGAAAGAAUUUCCAACUGUUGUAAUAAGAUGGAAAUGCUUUCUGUUCAUUCAUUACUUAUAAGCCUAGUUUUCCUGGUCAAUUUGAAAAGUGUUGAGCAUACUUCGUCCUGCUAUGACAACUAGGGGCUGUAAUACAGAUAACAUCGAACAGCACGUGCUUGAAAGGGACAUUUUAUAGCUUCAUUGUACUUGCUCACUAUAGACAUUCCAUUGUAUACCAUAACGACCGUAGAAACCGUUAGGUUAAAAUAAGUGCGUGUAUUGCAACACAUCCAUUAUAUCCUUCGAAAUGUUCACAUCCUCGACUUGAUUUGAUUUUGUGACUGCAAAUGAUGAUGGUGGUUGCUUUCCCCGUAACGAGUGGGCUUGGUACCGUUCUAGUGUUUGAUUACACAAGAUUGUAACUUAGCAGUAUUGUCCACUCCCACACAUGGACGCCUAGAGAUCGCUCGCUCUUUCCCGAGAAAGACUGGUAGAUUCAUGGCUGUUAAUACGCCAAGUUACAUCGUAAAGGACAAAUAGUAAUGCACACAAACGUUUCGAAUUUCCCAGCAUGAUGAACUACAGGGGAAGACGCGCAAGCUCCGAGUAUUUGGAGUUACACGUCCUCUGUGUGCCUCUCGAACUGUGGAAUUCAAAACUGAACACAAUUUCAUCUGAAGUCAUUGAUAAUUUCAUAUCUGCCGGACUUAUCAGGGUUUAUCCAGAUAUCACUCUGAAAGCACUUAGAGAUGAACUUGCGGUCCUUCUUGGCGGAGAUGCUUUUAUUGACAGAUACUCCUUCCUAAAAUGUGUCGGUAGAAGUCUGGCACUGGUGAAGACCAAACAAGAAAGGGAACUCAAAGUAAAAGCCUUUUCGCCUCCCUAUGCCACUCACCCAGAACUGUACCUGCUGCCCUCCUAUAUGGACACCAGUGGCAGCACGCGGUCACAUUCACACUCUUCAGAGAUGCAGAGUUAUAGCUCAAACCCUCACACCAGCUUUCGCUCAGAACCCUUAUCAACAGCUGCAGGAUCAAAAGAGCCUGUCCGGUUUCCUGAAAUAAAACAGGUGUCCAAUCAGCCUCCAACUACUAGCCGUGAUGGUGGUGGUGGUGGUGAUGACGACAGCAGCUUAACUUCCACAGAGGAGAAGGAGGAAGAUGCUUAUUCCUCUUACAAUUCAGGGUGGGGAGAAGACCACAGCCAAAAUGAGAACACUCAUGAGCAGUUUCAAACUAAAAAGGGACAAGCAGAAAUUUCCAACAAUUUACGCUCAGCAAGAACUGUCGGUUCGGCAACAAAGAAACAUUCCACGGAUAGAAUUCAAACCAAAGACUCAGGAGUGCCGGACUCUGUGGAGGAUGUGGAUUCUGGUUUAUCUCUCAGCCAAGACAGAAACCGAUAUAACAAAAACAACAGAACCAAGUGUAAGAAAGAGAGUUCACCAACCGGGGCCGCCUCCUAUAUACACACUGCAAGGAAACCUGCAGCCACCGUCUUCUCAACGGACAGGAAGGAACUAAUUGAGGAAAUCAGGCUGGUGAAGGAGGAGAGAAAGCAGCUUGAACGGACCAGACAAGAACUCCUGAGAAAAGGCAAAGACCUUCUGGCUCUCAACAGACACAGGAGGAACCAAGCUCGGGACGGAUGGAAGAGGAAGUAUUUUGACACCAAGAAGGCCACCGCACCACUGGAGGAAAGCCUGAGAAGCGUUCGUCAGGAACUGGAAACCUUCUACACUAAACUUCUACAACAGCUACAGGCGAGAGAGGGCAGAAAUAAACACAAACGCCUGGGAAAAGCAUCCAGCAUAAAAAAUGAUCUGAUAAUCCAGAUUAUGACAGAGAGCUACGAAAUAGACGACUUGAGAAGGAAGGUGGAUGACUGCAAGAUGAAACUAGAGACAGAGCAGAAGCUCAGAGUCCAAGCGGCCACAGAACUACGGACACUGAAAGCUGAGCUGGCUUCAAAGAAAUCUCAGCCAUCCGUCAACAAGCCACCUGUAGACACACGAGGCGGUGGACAGAAGUAUCCCAAGCCUCCUGUGCUGCAGAAACAUACCUGAUCCUUGACUGCAAUGUCAACAACGGGACCAUAGCUCGUGCAGACUACAUGGCAUAUUUCAGAACAAAUAUUUAAGGACUUGUGUCCUUGGUGUA